AUGUCGUUGGCGCUCGUCGAAGGCCUUCAUCCUAUCUUGUAUCGGCUUGUCUCUGUUCUCAGCUGCGUAAAACUUCCUAUGUACAUUCAUCGUACCUAUCUUGCCUAUUAUCCUCAAAGACCGACUCCAUCUCGAUCCGAUCAAAGCGCAAUUACAUACGUCUCUUAUACUCAGUCUCCAUGCGUUGGCAAGCUUCUUAUCAAGGCCAAUUAUCGGACCCCGGAUAAGACCCCGUCUCGGAAAGGCCCUCUAGUGGCGUCUCUAGCGGGCGCGAUUAUAGGCACAACGAUUGUAGCGCCUGCCAGGUCGCGUAUGUUAGAGCUCUUGGACACCUUGAUAGACUUGAAGCUAAUUUAUACAUAUUAUUUGAUCAUAGUGCCGGUGCUUCUUAUAGGACGAAUUAUCCAAGCAACAACUGGAAAUGCGGUGUUUAUUAUUGGCUUUGCGGCCGUGGCCAGCACCGUCCAACCCAAAGAUAGACCCAAGACCCUCCAAAUCAUAACUGUUGUAUCUAUGUCGGGAAUGCUGGUCGGAAUUAAUAACCCUCUUCGGCUACUGGCCUACUUGGAUAGUCGUAAUAGCCUUUUUAACGGUGAUAAUGCGACUGGUGAUGCUCGAAAAUCCGAUCAAAAACAAGACGAGGAGACAAGCUCUGGAAUAGAGUCAUCUGAAGAGACAACCCGCCUCCUCUCUGAACCUGUCCCUGAUCAAGACCAACGAGGCUACAAUUCAAAAUAUGAGGAUGACCAAGUGUCAUCCGAAUCAUCCAUGGGAGAUGAAACGAAAGGAAGCUUCUACAAGGUGAUGCUUCGCAACCCCCAUGCUCUUACGGCUAUGCUAUGUCACGGAGUCAACGGUCUUACCUUGAUGAGCUUUGACACAACACUGCCUUUGUAUGUCAUGCGAAACUUUCAGUGGGACACUCAGAAGAUUAGUCUUAUGUUUCUGCUGCUUCAAUUGCCUACAUAUGGGACGAAGAUCACGGCUAGCGUGGGAUUUUACAUCAACGCUGUCCUGAUUUGGUUUAUUGGCAAUUGUGGACCUGAUGGGCUACCUUUCGUAGAUUCUGGAAAGAUCAGCAGAGAACUUUAUGCGGCCUCGAUGUUCUUUAUAGGUGUUCUUAGGGCUCUUGUCGUCGGAUGUGGAGUUGUUGAAUUGACUAGUGAGAUUAUUACUCGCCGCACAUGCCCCAUUCUGAUAAAUGCUAAUCGACUUAUGCCCACAGGUAUUGUGGCAAAGCUCCAGGAGGAUUAA